AUGGACUACUCACGCAACUUCUACCGGGUCCAGGUCCCAGAAUGGGAAAGCUACUACAUGCCGUACAGGCAACUGGAAAAGCAGCUGACCGAGGCACUCUGGGCCAACGCACCCCCCUCUGCCCUUCCUGAUUUCCUGGCAAACCUGGAGAGGGCAAUUAAGGUCCAUGACAGGUGGUGCCGACGACAGGAGGAGCACAUUCGCCUUCGGGUAGCUGAGAUCAAGUACCAUUCCGGUCUAGAUCUGGAUACUUGGGAGCCUGGGAUGGCACCUUGGAGAAAUCUGUCUCAAAUUCAACUCGAGCUCAUGUGCGCAUCAGUGGAUGAACUUGAGGGGGCGGCGAUGAAAAUGAGAUACUACCAGGUGAAGAAUACCGCAGCUAUCGCUCACCUACAUGACCUUGUGAGGCAACGUGCGGGCUUGCACGCAUCAAAUGCGAAUGAUACGCCCGAGCAGCAGUCUGACCAUACUACAGAACAGUUUUUUGGCAAGCUGGCAGAUGUGAAAGAUAGGCUGAACGCUCUGAUUACAUGCCUGUGCGAGGAAUCAAGGGCUGGAGCAGGACAAAGCAAUGAGCACCUGGAAACGAAUGUUGAUUCGGGAGAGGGGGGCCAGAGACCGCGGAGCCCUUUGCCAGAAGCAACAGAAGCAACAGAAAGUCUGCUCCGUGACUACCAGCGGCUAGAAAAUGCUACAUGGAUGGAUGACGCAUCGACGGUGGUUUCUCUCGUGACCGAGAAAUUCGACCGCUGUCAACUGGAUGGGGAAGACUUUCUAAAGUCUGCAGUCGACUUUGCAAUUUAUUUGCAUGCUCCCUAUACGGCCAGUGCUUUAUUCGAAGAAGUCGCUCCCCGGCACGGCUUUUCGAUCGACGAGCACCUACUAAACCGCCUGAUUACCGUGCUCGGGUAUUCAAACGAGCGACCACCGUGGUAUAUUGCAGCAGAGCUUCCUCGACCAAAGCUUGGAGAAAGCAUUAUCUCUAUUCUCAUCGGGAACCUCGGCCCUAAUGCGGUAGAUGUCCUGCUCUCCAAGGACGGCUCCGGGCGCUCCCCUCUCCACUAUGCCGCUAUAUAUGGGCUUGAAUUAGUGUGCACAUCGAUUGUAAAGGCCGCUGAAAGCUGGGACAAGGGCUCAGUGUACGAGCUAUACAUGGCAUCAGACAACCAAGGAGUUUGGCCGUUGGAGUACGCGGUGGCCCAUAGGCAUCCUGAUGCUGCAAGCAUCAUCGCGUACUCCAUGAUGGAAAAGAUGAGCCCAGAGGAUUUGAAUGAAGUGUAUCCGAUGUUUGGAAGCCUUGCGCGCUUGGCUAUCCUGUUGGAGAACGACCGCUUGGUGUCCUUGAUGGUGGCGAUCUGCAACAAUUAUAGGGGUUGGUCGGAAGUACCCUAUCCGGAAGGGAGUCCUUUGCAUAUCGCAGUCCGAGGUGGAAAGACCGCCUACGUCACGAUUCUUCUGAAUUCAGUAUUCUCCCAAUUUUUGCACACUCCUGAGCCAGUCGACGGCUUGACCCCAAUGAACAUUGCGGUCAGCGGGAAGCAUCUUGAGGUCGCUUAUUUGCUGUACGAGGCUGGGGUUACCAUAGAUCUCAGUAGGCUCACGUUCUAG